AUGUCUCUGGACAGCGUGUGGGCUCCAGAGGCAGCAGACAUGGGGGAUGGGCCUGUCAAGAAAGCUGGCAACCAGGCCUCCAUACAGACACAGGUCCUCCAGACUGCCUCCCUAAAGGAUGGCCCAGCAAAGAGGGCAGUAUGGGUCCGUCGAGAGAGUGCCGAGACAGAAGACCCUGAGAAGUCAACCGCGCCCAAGGACAGGUCCAAGUUAGAGGUGACCAAAGCAGUGGUCGUGGAUCUCGGCACCGGCUUCUGUAAAUGUGGCUUUGCUGGCCUGCCAAAGCCCACUCAUAAGAUCUCAACAACAGUGGGCAAGCCCUACAUGGAGACAGCCAAGACUGGGGAUAAUCGCAAAGAGACCUUCGUGGGGCAUGAGCUCCUUAACCCAGACAUACAUCUUAAGCUGGUCAACCCCCUGCGUCAUGGCAUCAUCGUGGACUGGGACACAGUACAGGACAUCUGGGAAUACCUCUUCCGACAAGAGAUGAAGAUCGCCCCGGAGGAGCAUGCAGUCCUGGUCUCGGACCCACCCCUGAGCCCUCACACCAACAGAGAGAAGUAUGCUGAGAUGUUGUUUGAGACCUUCAACACACCUGCAAUGCACAUCGCCUACCAGUCCCGCCUGUCCAUGUAUUCGUACGGACGCACGUCUGGGCUGGUGGUGGAGGUGGGCCACGGCGUGUCCUAUGUGGUACCCAUCUAUGAGGGUUAUCCUCUGCCUAGCAUCACGGGGCGGCUAGACUAUGCAGGAUCUGACCAGACAGCCUACCUGAUGAGCUUGAUGAACAACUUUGGAAAACACUUCACAGAGGACCAGACCAGUAUUGUGGAGGACAUCAAGACAAGAUGCUGCUUCAUGGCCCUGGACCCCUUCGAAGAGAAGAAAGUUCCUCCCAGUGAACAUGAGAUCCAAUAUACUCUGCCUGAUGGAAAAGAGAUCCGUCUGGGCCAGGAGAGGUUUCUCUGCUCGGAGAUGUUCUUCAAGCCAUCGCUGAUCAAAUCCAUGCAGCUGGGCCUCCACACCCAGACGGUGUCCUGCCUUAACAAGUGUGACAUCGCACUCAAGCGAGACCUCAUGGGGAACAUCCUGCUCUGUGGGGGCAGCACUAUGCUCAAGGGGUUCCCUAACCGCCUGCAGAAGGAACUGAGCAGCAUGUGCCCCAAUGACACCCCACAGGUCAAAGUUCUGCCUGAGAGAGACACCGCAGUGUGGACUGGUGGCUCUAUCCUGGCCUCGCUCCAGGGUUUCCAACCACUGUGGGUUCACCGCUUUGAGUACGAGGAGCAUGGGCCUUUCUUUCUCUACAGAAGGUGCUUCUGA